AUGUCUGCAAAGCCUGUCAAGAGCGCCCGCCAACUGGCUAUGGAGGAGUGCCGAAAGAACAACCAACUUGCGAUCGUCAACAUGAUCAAGAAGGAUCUUUCCGUCGAAAAGAAUGCCACCAGAAAGAAGAAUAUCGAAGCCUGUCUUCUCGAAGCCCAAAAGGUCCACGUCACAGGAUCAAACAAGAUUGUUGGUGUCGGGGGCAAAGCCAACAUGCUUUCGCACAGUGAUUUUUGCAAGAAAUUCAAAGCCUUAGAUGUUGAGAAUAGGCGGCUGCUAUACGCUGUGGGUGGAACAGCUGAGCAAAUGACAAGCAGUGCUGUGUCAGCCAAGGCGUCGGGUCCUACUAAGGAGCAGAUGAUGCAAGUGACAUCAUACAGUGAACUUGAGCCGAAGCUGUUGACUCCUGGGUUUACCGGGAUGCACAGAAUAUACGCCAAAAUCCGCCUGCCCAGUGAUGAGCUUCGAGACGAUGACGGGAAAGACAUACAGGUCGCCUUCGACACCGGCUCGGAGGUCCAGUCAAUCGAAAAACAAGUGUGGGAGAGUCUAGCCGGAAGUAAUGGUCGCAAUUAUACAGGUGUCAGCUGGUUAGGGUCUGUUGGUGGGGCUACAGGUGCCGUUGAGCCUCGCAGGUAUGUUCAAGUCGAGAUUUGCUACUUCCGCGACGCAGAGCGAAAGAUCAAGCUCGGAGACUGGCAUACAAUCCAAGCGUGCCUCUCAAAUCGGCCGUACGAACACAACUUGUCUGGGGCCGAGUUGCUCAAGGGCUUCCAUUUCAUCAUCCCUAAGGGUAACCCUGUGGUGAUCAUGGGCACAAGCAAGCCCGCGGUCAUAUGGGAGUAUCUGAGCAAAAGCAACAAGGAAAGCAACGAUGUGGCUCUUAUUCAACAAUGGGCUGCUGCGCAAGUCGCUGCGCAAGCCGCUGCCGCAAGAUCCGGAUCGAAUGGAGGAAGAUGA